UGUUUGUUGACAUCAGACGAAAACGAAAAUCAGAUGAGCGAAGACUGGCGGCGAUAACUCCGUUUCUCGCCUCUAUCAAGACCCGAAGCCUUGGCGAAAGCUAAGGUCCCCUGCACUGCCUCGUCUUGGAUCCGAGCCACAGAAGAAGAGGCUAAUAUGGCAGCCAAAGCAGGAGACAACCCAGACAGCCUCAUGACUCUGGCAACAAUAUUCUGCCUGAGGAACCUCAGAAAGACGAUGUGCUGUCAGGGUUUGGGGGAACAGCUCUGCUUGCGCUCUGACAUCUUUCUUCCCAGUGAAAUAUGUGACAAAUUGGUCAAUGUGUACAUGGAGUUAGUUCAUACAGACAGUAACUUUGAACGAGAGGAGAGCUUUUUCCAAUUAUUCGCAGAACCCUGGAGCACCAGACUUACCAGGGUGCAGCUGAAAGAAGACUUUGUCCACGACAGAGACCUCGAAGCUAUCAAAAAACAGGACCUGAUUGAGCUUCACCUCACCAACUGCCAUAGUCUGUCAUCCCGCAGCUUGAAAACCCUGACCUGCUUCCGUGAGACAUUGGUCUCGCUUUGUGUCUUUGGCUGCAGCAACAUAUUCUAUAGGGAUGGUGCCGAUGAAGCUAUGGAUCCUAUUUCUGGGGAGGCAUUAGAGACAGACUUUAACUUCCAGGGGUUCAACCGCCUGCGGUUGCUCAACCUGGGUGGCCUACCAGAUGAGAUGCAUGCCGAGACCCUGCUCAAACCCUUGAAGUCGCUCACCUCGCUAGAUCUGUCUCAUGUACAGUUACGACGAACAGCUUUUCUAACUCAGUGGAACGAGAGACUGGCAUCUCUUGUUCUCUACAAUGUGGAACUUUCAGAGGAGUUGGCCAAUACUGUGGUGGAACUCGUCAAUCUCAGGCAUCUUGACAUCUCACGUGAGAGUCGGAGGACCUCCAAGUUUAAGAUGACCAGGAAAAUCCUGACUGCUAUUGUUCAGCGACUGGUCAAUCUGGUUUCACUGGACAUCUCAGGUCACAUCAUGCUGGACAACUGCACAGUUCCACACUUAGAAGAAGCUAUGGGUCGGCCAAGUAAUGAGCCAUGCAAGAGCAGCAUCUACCCAUUCCAAGAGCUCAAGAGGCCCUUGCAGUUUUUGGGUUUAUACGACACUACCCUUUGCCAUGUGACACACAUCCCUGCCCAUAAGGUGACUGGAUCAAAGAAUGAAGACCAGGUCCUGAAUGCUAUUGAAGCCUACACCGAGUUCCGCCCUGAAUUAGCCCACAGAGCCAUCAAUCAACUGUUUGACAUCGCCAGGAUACAACACUGCAUCCAGCUACUCCGAGCAUUGCAGCUUGUUAUAGCGGCAUUGAAGUGCCAUAAAUACGAUAAGAGCAUCCAGGUGACGGGUAGCGCUGCGCUCUUUUACCUGACAAACACAGAAUACCGCAGCGACCAAAGUGUGCGGCUUCGCCAAGAAGUCAUUCAAGUGGUUUUAAACGGAAUGGAGCAAUACCAGGAGGUCACUGUGCAAAGGAACUGCUGCUUGACUCUGUGCAACUUCAGUAUUCCUGAGGAGCUGGAGUUUCAGUAUAGUCGGGUCAACCAGCUGCUGCUGAAUAUCCUGAAGCCGGCAAGGCAGGAUGAAUCCAUCCAGAGAAUCGCUGUGCACCUCUGCAAUGCUUUAGUCUGCCAGGUUGACAACCACCAUAAGGAAGCUGUGGGAAAGAUGGGAUUUGUUAAGACAAUGUUGAACUUAAUAAGGAAGAAACUGCAAGAUCGAAUGUGUGACCAGGUGAUGGAGUUUUCUUGGAGUGCACUGUGGAAUAUUACUGAUGAGACACCAGACAACUGUCAGAUGUUCCUGAAUUGUGAUGGAAUGAGUCUCUUUUUGGACUGUCUGAAAGAGUUUCCUGACAAACAGGAGCUGCAUCGCAACAUGCUGGGGCUACUGGGCAAUGUGGCUGAAGUCAAAGCACUACGACCAAAGCUGGUCACACCGCAGUUCAUCUCUGUUUUCAGUAAUCUACUAGACAGUAAGGCCGAUGGGAUUGAGGUGUCAUACAAUGCAUGUGGCGUGCUUUCCCACAUCAUGUUUGAUGGACCAGAGCUUUGGUCGAUGGAAGAGCCAUUAAGAGACACGGUGAUGGACAAGAUGUGGGAUGCGAUCCAGAGCUGGGACGUCAGCUCACGUCGCAACAUCAACUAUAGGUCAUUCGAACCCAUCUUGCGACUUCUGCCUCAAAGUAUCGCUCCUGUUAGUCAACACUGGGCUACAUGGGCUCUGUACAACCUGGUGUCAGUUUACCCAAGCAAGUACUGCCCCCUGCUCAUAAAGGAAGGAGGAAUUAGCCUUCUGGAGAGAGUAUUAGAGUUGGAAAGUUCGCAGCCUGAGACUAAGGACAUGGCCCAGAAAGUAAUGGAGCAGUGUGAGAACUUCAAAGAAGACCCCAUGGAAACAAAUCAUGCACAGGAGGUAAACUAUGGACAAAGAGGUUGACACCGCUGAGCCUCAAUAUCUGGCAAACCAACCUAAAGCUCGUCAUCCCCACAGGGGUCAAUGUGUGCAUUUUUCUUUUUAUCGUGAUUAGUUUUAUUGUGUCGGCAGAACUGUCUCUCUGACCCUUUUCACAGCAGUUUGGGCACAGACUUAACAUAUGUGACGUUUAGGGGUUAAGACAUGGGGCAUGGUGUUUUUACCUUUGCUGCUCAUAAGCAUCUCCUCAGUUGGGAUGGGGUUUGUUGGGGUGAGUGACUGUCAUCGCUCAGUAUGUGUUUUGUGAAAUAUUUCUUGAUAGAAGAUAGCAGCUGGAUUGAUGCUUGAUUCUCAGUGGAAGGAAACAGACACACUCAGCAGCACACAACCAUAACCGUGUGGCAUUGACCAUGGUGGGGGUUAAACUCGGUGAUGUGGUGUUGUCCGACACCUGCGUAAGGUGGCCACCCUCUCCCGGUAGCUCACUGAGCUGUGGUCACAUGCACAGUGAAGAUGAGCCAAUACGCAAGUAGGCUGACGUUGGCUGGAGGGAAGACUCUGCAGAUAGACUGUUUGUUAUAUAUGUAAAUAUUGUUUGUCCCUUCCUUUUACUGUGUGUGUUUUAUAAAUAUAACUGUAAACACCUAAGGUUGUACCCUCUAUUUAAAUGUAUUUAGGUUGGGCUGGCAAAUGUUAAGUGCAUAAUCAAUCACUCAACUGUAGGUUAACAAUCUGUGGUCUAGAAAGGAUCCUUUAGCUUGAGCACAACCUCCCUGAGCGUCUGGAUUUUAGAAUUGAAUGUUACCUUUGUACAUUUUCAUUCACUUGAGGGUUGGAGGUCAAAAGUGGGCAAGCUCCUCUUUAGACACGAAAGGUGACGGAAAUCAUUCGCAAUUACUACAUUCUCUUUCCCAGUUUCGCACCCGCACAACUGGCAAGUCAUACUGCCAAGUAGUUGUUGAUGUGAAGUCUUGUGGGAUUUUGGGAAUGGCUACACGCCGCUUUCCAAAGUAACCCACCGUUACCAUACCCCAGUAUCAAUGGAUAACAUGAAUUUGGCGAAACAACAGCAAAGAGGUUGGAGGAACUACAAUCAAGGAGGCUAUGAUUGCAUUAUAUUACAUAAUUUAUAUGUUCAUCUAACCUAUGUGAGUGGAAUGUACAGGUUCCUCGUUUACCGUAACGUUGAUGACCUUCAUAGUCACAUAACACAUCUGUUGCCUUUUGUGUCUGCAUUCACAAAUCACACAAGGUUGUUAGAAUUAAGAUUUUUCUCUUAAAACAAGUGGCAACUAAUGACAAUUAUGUUGAAUGGAUGGAACAUGUUUAUGUUGAAAGAAAUUAUUUAGUUUUACUGUUUUGUCAAAUUGCUGCUGUCACUUCAGUCAAACCAUUUUCAUAAAAAAAAAAAAAGUAUCACAAGGAAAAUCAUUUUGAAUUUGCGUUUUCUGUUAGUAAUGUGUGGCUAUCAGAGACUUGAGGGGAAUGAGUAUGAUAAUUUAGUCCUAUGUCUGCUAUCACAGGUUAGGGGCGGCGCCCUACGUGGCUGAGCUUGCACGGCUCCGGUUCUUUACAAUAUCGGUGUUUUAAACUAAAUCCACUCUAAUGGUAAUCAUUUUUUAGCAAGCUUUCCCCAAUCGUUUUGUUGUUGUCAACGUAAAGAUUUCAUGCGCGGAUAGCUUUCAAAUAGUGAAGUUUGACAUUUUGUUCUGUCACUGAUGGUACAGUGGUACAUACCCCCGACUUCAGUGCAGGCAUUAUGCUCAAUUGUCACUCAGUGACAGUGUGAGAGUAAAUGGUUGUCACUAUAUGUGCCCUGUGACUGACUGGCAACCAGUCCAGGGUGUCGCCUGCCUUUUACCCAAAGCAAGCUGGGAUGGGCUUCAGCUCGCCUGUGACCCGAAAGAGGACAAGCCCUAUCGAAAAUAGAUGUUUUUGUUGUUCAUAAGUUGUCACACGUUUUUCUUUUGGCCUUAUCACCACGUUGUUUGCCAUAGACUGUUCAGCUUUUUAUUUUUAAUCCGUUCUGACACUCCAUAAUGCUGCUACCACAAAAACCGUAUUUUCGUGACAUACUUCAAUUGUUUAGUCAGGACAUUCCGCUGCAUUCACUAAAAAUUACCCGGAGUCAAAAGUGAUGUCUUCCAUUAAAAGCUUAAGAAAUGCAAACCUCAGAGAAGCUUUCUGAAAAUGAAUCCGCAAAAUCUUAUUACUAUACACGGGGCACGGAUCUACCAAAUUCUACAAAUUUUAAUGACCAUCUCUAAACUCUGAAAAUAAAUUUGGAAGAAACAGACUGGUGUGACUGUUGCCUUCUGUACAAUAUCAAGUUUGUGAAAUACUGUGUAUGUAGUCACAACAGAGCAAGGAAAAUAACUUGAAUUCUAGGUGAAUACAUUCACAGUAACAGUUAAUAAAUUCAUAGGAUUAUUAUAUUGUUGGAAAACUGAUACCACCCAUUGUACAUUUUGAUUUUACAAAGCUUUGCAAUUAUUCCAUUCAAUUCUGUUCAUCAUUUCAGUGUUUGCAAGAGUCAAAGUGAAAUGUAUUAUACAACCCCAAUUCCAAUGAAGUUGGGACAUAAAUAAAAACAGAAUACAAUGAUUUGCAAAUCACGUUCAACCGAUAUUUAAUUGAAUGCACUACAAACACAAGCUAUUUAAUGUUCAAACUGAUCAUCUUUGUUUUUAGCAAAUAAUCAUGAACUUAGAAUUUUAUGGCUGCAACACGUUCCAAAAAAGCUGGGACAGGUGGCAAAAAAGAGUGAGAAAGUUGAGGAAUGCUCAUCAAACACUUGAUUGGAACAGCCCACAGGUGAACGGGCUCAUUGGGAACAGGUGGGCGCCAUGAUUGCUUCCUUGAAUUGCUCAGUCAUUCACAAGCAAAGAUGGGGAGAGGUUCACCUCUUUGUCAACAAGUGCGUGAGAAAAUAGUUGAAGGACAAUGUUCCUCAACGUACAAUUGCAAGGUAUUUAGGGAUUUCAUCAGCUACGGUCCAUAAUAUCAUUAAAAGGUUCAGAGAAUCUGGAGAAAUCACUGCAUGGAAGCGGCGAGGCCGAAAACAACAUUGAAUGCCCGUGACCUUCGAUCCCUCAGACGGCACUGCGUCAAAAACCGACAUCAAUGUGUAAAGGAUUUAACUCCAUGGGCUCAGGAAGACUUCAGAAAACCAAAGUCAGUAAAUACAGUUCGGCGCUACACCCCUUAAGUGCAACUUGAAACUCUACGAUGCAAAGCAAAAGCCAUUUAUCAACAACACCCAGAAACGCCGCCGGGUUCUCUGGGCCUGACAGGCUCAUCUAAGAUGGACUGAUGCAAAGUGGAAACGUGUUCUGUGGUCCGACGAGUCCACAUUUCAAAUUGUUUUUGGAAAUUAUGGAAGUCGUGUCCUCCGGGCCAAAGACGAAAAGAACCAUCCAUAACCAAAGAACCAACCAUAACCGCUGUUAUAGACGCAAAGUUCAAAAGCCAGCAUCUGUGAUGGUAUGGGGCUGUGUUAGUGCCAAUGGCAUGGGUAACUUACACAUCUGUGAAGGCACCAUUCAUGCUGAAAGGUACAGGCUGGUUUUGGAGAAACUGAUGCUGUCAUCCAAGCAACAUCUUCAUGGACGCCCCUGCUUAUUUCAGCAAGACAAUGCCAAACCAUGUUCUGCGCGUGUUACAACAGCGUGGCUUUGUAGUAAAAGAGGGCGGGUACUAGACGGGCCUGCCUGCAGUCCAGACCUGUCUCCCAUUGAAAAUGCGUGGCGGAUUAUGAAGCAUAAAAUACGACAACGGAGACCCCGGACCGUUGAACGGCUGAAGCUGUACAUCGAGCGAGAAUGGGAAAGAAUUCCACCUCCGGAGAUUCAACAAUGAGCGUCCUCAGUUGCCAAAAGUUUUUUGAAUGUUGUUCAAAGAAAAGGUGACGUAACACAGUGGUAAACAUGUCCCUGUGCCAGCUUUUUUGGAACGUGUUGCAGCCAUCAAAUUCCAAGUUCAUGAUUAUUUGCUAGAAACAAUAAAGUUUAUCAGUUUGAACAUGAAAUAUCUUGUCUUUGUCGUGUAUUCAAUUAAAUAUAGGUUGAACAUGAUUUGCAAAUCAUUGUAUUAUGUUUAACACGACGUCCCAACUUCAUUGAAAUUGGGGUUGUAAUUGAUUUCUUUAUUUUUUUUUUUAGUUAUUCUCUUGUGGAAAAGAUUAUAAAAUCUCAGAUCCUCAUGAGAAAUGUUUUUUUGUCAACUCCCUCAAAUCCAACAAUUUUCUAAAGCGCUCCUCCUCAUUGGGCUGUUGGUGAGCUGGAGCCUAUCCCGGUGGACUUUGGGCAAAAGGAAGAGUACACCCUGUGCUGGUUGCUAGUCAGUCGCAGCCCCCAUAUACUGUACAUGCAGAUGUAAAACGAAAAAAGACAAAUGACUUUCAACUAAUGAUCAAAGUCCAUCAAGAAAUCGAUACUGGCGGGCACAAAUGGGAGUUACUCUUUAUGUGCAGCAAUGAAACAAUGCUCUCUCCUCAGAUUCCACAGCAAUCAGUCAAUAUUUGCGUUAUUGCCACUGGCACCUGACUUAUAGCGGUUGAGCUAAUGAGCGAAUAGAAAUGCACCACACUUUGUGUAGCAGGAGCUGGUUCCAAGUAUUAACUAACCUGUAUUGCGUCACUGAGUUCUCUUCGACUUUAACCAUACAACCCCUUGCAAAAAUUGUGGAAUCACCGCUCCUGGAGUAUGAGUAUCAUAUCGUAUCGUAUCAUUUAAAUGCUUAAUUUUGGGGGGAAAAGGCUCAUCACAGCUGUUUCACCAAACAGUUUUUAUUUAAAAUAUCAUCCUCCUGGCUUUAAGAAACACAAAAAAAAGCAGGAAAGAAAAUUGUUGUCGUUAAGUCAAUGUAUUUUUUCAGAAAAGGUAGAGAAACAAAUACGGAAUCGCUCAAUUCUGAGGAAGAAAUUGUGGAAUCAUGAAAAACAAAGAAAUAAAACACUAGAACACUACAGUACUUUGUUGCACCACCGCUGACCUUUAUAACAGCUUGCAGUCUCUGAGCCAUGGACUUAACAAGUGACAAAUAGUACUCGCCAUCAAUCUGGCUCCGACUUCCUCUGAAUGCUAUGACCAGCUCAGCUUUGCAGGUUGGAACCUUGUCAUUGACCAUUGUCUUCCAUUUCCACCACAGAUUUUCGAUUGCAUUGAGAUCCGGACUAUUUGCAGGCCAUGACGUUGUCAUGAUACAUCUUUCUUGAAGGAAGGUUUUUACGGUUAUAGCUCUAUGGCAAGAUGCGUUCUCGCCUUGAAAAAUGAUGUCAUCGCCAAACAUCCUUUCAAUUGAUGGAAUGAGAAAAGUGUUCAAAAGCUCUAUGUAAACUUGUGCAUUUCUUGAAGAUGUGAUGAGUUCCGUCUUCCCUGUGACUUUGCAGCCCCGUAUCACUAAGACAGUCGAAAUUGGCACGUUUUCUUCAGGCAGUCAUCUUCCUAAAUCUCAUUGGAACGGCACCAAACAAAAGUUCCAGCAUCAUCAAACCUUGCCCGGUGCAAAUUCACGAUUUAUCACCGAAUAUCACUUUCAUCCAGUCAUCCACAGUCCAUGAUUUCUUUCCUUUAGCCGACUGCAAGCCGUGUUUUUUUAUGUUUAGGUGUUAAGGAUUGCUUUCGUUUGGCUUUUCUGUAUGUAAACCGCAUUUCUCGUUGACGGUUUCUUACAGUCGUUGACUCCACUUUCCGCCCGUUUGGACUUCUUUUGUUGUGGAUUUUCUAUUCUUCAGCCAUAUUGCCUUACGUUUUCUAUCUUAACGCUUUGAGGUCUUCCUUGGUCUACCAGGGCACCUCCCUUUUACCAUUUGGUUUGUACUUGGUCUAGAAUUUCGACACGGCUGACUGCGAACAACCAACAUCUUUUUCAACAUUCUGUGAUGUUACCUUCUUGGAGAAGUUUUAUAAUUUUGUCCUUUGUUUCAACUGACAUCUCCUCUUUCAGAGCCAUGAUUCAAGUCAAUCCACUUGGUGCAACAGCUCUCCAACGCCUGAGCACUCUGGUUUAACUGCUGACUUAAUUAGCAAAUUUAUUCUGAUGUAAAAUUACAGGAAUAUUCCAUACUUUUUUCUUCAGAAUUGUGCGAUUCCAUAUUUUCUUUAGUUGUUGUGUGUGUGUGUGUGUUUCUUAAAGCCAGAAGGAUGGAAUUUUGAAUAAAUAUUAUGUAGAACAUUCAUGAUUUGCCAUUUUCUCCAAAAUGAAGCAUUUAUAUGAUCAUCCUCCUGGAGCGGUGAUUCCAUACUUUUUUUGCCAGGGGUUGUAUGAGCGAUGCCUUUUCUGAAAGCCAUCUCAUAUCAGUUAAUGACCCUUGUUGGGUUUACUAACUACUUUACUCAUGCAGAGUUUUAUUUUUGUUUAUAAUUCAUGGCUGUCUAUCAUUGGUACUGGCAUUGGGACGAUUUAGUUUUUACUGAAUCACAUUCAUAGAAGCGAUGCUCUAGUUGGCGUUGAUAUGCGGGGGAAAAAAAAGAUUUGUAUUUCUGUGUGAAAGAUUUAUCACCAUUUACAAAUGUGUUUUCAGCUCUUAGAAUCACAAAUGCUCAGUUUUAAUAGAGUUGAGUCUGUCUUUCCUGAUGACCAAUUAAGUUAUUUGUACUGAAAGUAGGGAAAAAUCCUUUGGGAGCCUCAAAACUAUUUUGUCAGUUUCACCAAGUCAUACAAAGCCUGCAACUGGUUUCUGCAAGUGAAAUCCAAAUUUGAGUGAAUUUGAGCCACACACUGUGGACUUUUUUCCUGAUCUAAAUAGUACCUGGUCAUUAGUGAAAAGGUGAAUAAGCAAUAAAAGAUUGAGUGGCAAACAAGUGAAGUAUUGUUUGUAGAUUUUUGGAGGUCAUCCUCAAGACAAUGCAUUCAUUCAUUCACU